AUGCUGCGGAGGAGUCGGAUGGUGUCGAGGCUGCAAAGGAAGCAUCUUCUUCUCGAGCUGCAGAACGCCUCCACACCAACACUCGCGAAAUCAUUUCCAAUUGUUGUUUUAACACAGUCUCACACUCAUCUUUCAAAAUUUUCUUUCGUCCGAAAUACCGUCGGAGCACGUUCCGAUUCGGUGUCGCCGUGGAGCACCGCAGAUCACCAAAAAGAUUCGGACACCUGCCGCAUCCGAUCAACAACGCUCCCGCCCAUUCGCCAAGCUCGUUCUGCUUCCAUCGCGCUUAUUGUGCAACAUGAAUCACAACACAACGCAGGAUACUCAGACGCUUCCGCUCGAUGCCCUUUCUGUGCACCUGCUGCAGUCUCGGAAGGAUACAAAAGUUGA